AUGGAGCUCGCUGCCCCAUUCGAAGUCAUCGUCCCCGAGCAACAAAAGUCAAAGCGUGCCCUCAAGUAUUUGGUUCGCGAAAGUGCCAAUCCGAUGGGAUCGCGGCAGGUGCUCUUCACAAAGAUGGGGAUUGUCCCCUUUGAAUUCAACAUCCCGCUCGAGUACUACAACGCGCCGGGGGCCUGCUUGGCGAUAUCGGCUCGCUAUGAGGACAGUGUUCUGAAGGAGAAGUACGUCGAGAUGUGCCCGGUGCAUCAGAAAGAAGAAGAUACGAAACCGGUUGCCCCGGGACAACGGCUUUUCAUGCAGAUCUCAGACGACGGCUAUCACCCGGCGAUGCUCGCGGCCGAGGGCAACCACUUCAACGCGAUCGCUAUCUCGCCGACCAAUAGCCUGAAUCUGAAGUUUGCCUGCUUCUCCUCGUGCUCGUCGAUCAACCGCCGGCCGCUGAUCCUGAUCUUCGACCUGACUGGCGAUGGGCUGCCGCGCCAGACGUUCCAAAUGGGCCUGCGCGUCUGCGCCAGCCCGAAACGCGACGCCGAUAUGGAUGCCAGCAGUUCGACAAACGAGAAGGUCAACAACCUCCUUUUAAAUUUCGCAAACGAAUUGGAGAAGGCAGGUCCGAUCGAGAGGCAAGUUGAAGCAAUUAAGAAGAGAUUGCAUCUGUAUUUUCCUGAGCAAUAUUCAAACGAAGGCGGUCUGCGUGUCCAAAAACUUUUGGCUAAAAUGAAGUCAACCGGUUUGACGAAAUUACACGUAGACGUCCUAUGGGCCGUGUUGGGGAGAAAAGAGGCGAACUGCUCGGACGCGAAUUGCCAAAAAUGGGCGCCUAGCCUCCUGCGUUGGCUCGAUAAGGAAGUUUUGAAAGCCGCUACAGAAGUACAUCUCGAGUCCUACAUCAAAAUUUUUGACGACGCCAAGGUUGAGGGCAGAAAAGCCCUCGCGGAGUCGGCCCGGCAAAUUUGCCAGGCAACAUUUUGCCAAUUGGAAAUCCUCCCCUUCCCCGCGCCGUUCAUUGCAGUUGGGUUUAUUUGCGAAGCCCACCGUCUCAACAUGGAGGCCGGCGUCUUCACCACCUCAAGCAAUGCGCCGAAUAGCCCGACGGUUCCACAGAUCUGGGAUGCACUCGAGGAAUUAUGUGACAACGACCAACAGCUUAAGGAAAUUCGCGACUACAAAAAACGUCUCCAAUCCGAGCAGCCCGGUUACCCGUUGAUGUGUAACUUUGAGCCGAUGUUGCUAGCGAGGCUCGAUAUUGCAGAUUGGUAUAAAAAGAUCGACGAUCACGCGGGCUCGAAUUUUCUGAUGGAGCUAAAAUUUGACGGGGAGCACGUGGUGAUACACAAGAAUUUCGACGAUUGGCGCGUCGUUACACGAAACGGCAAGGAUUUCACAAAGUACUAUAACGGCGACGAGGGCAACAAGAAUUUGAUAGAAGCUGUGAGGCCGUAUUUUCGCAACGAUGCUAAUGAAUUUGUGAUCGAUUGCGAGUUAAUGUUGUACGACGAGGUCGGGAAAUGCUUUGUCCGGCAUCACCAGGUCUGCGCCGACGGGCAAACCUACAAUUUUCAACACAUCAAACCCGCGGAUCCGGUCCAUCUAGCAGUUGUGGUGCUUGAUGUCCUCUACCUGAAUGGCAACAAUUUCAUGGGAACCUCGUUUGACAAGCGGAUAGAAGUGCUCGAGAAGCUGCUGCUGAAAAAACAGGACCCCACCCUCAUUUUCAUCCCGGAACGCAAAACCGGGAAUACAAAAGAAGACGUGCGGGCCUACUUCAAGCAGUCGAUGGAAAAUGGCGAUGAGGGGAUCGUGGUCAAGGCCGUUUCGACGUUGUAUACCCCGGGCAAGCGGCUGGCAACCAAUGGGUGGUUUAAGGUGAAUCUGACGGAGGGUGCGCAUCUAGAUGUGGCGAUCGUCGGCGUGAAAUACGUGGGAACCGCCAGGGAACAAGAACUCGUCAUUGCCGUCAAGCAACGUAGCUUUUCCGAAAUGUCGAAAGAAUACGCCGAGCCGGCAAAUGAUGCGACAUUUGACCUGAAAGUGAUCGGAUCAGUUGGAGCAGGUUUAACGCAGGACGAGCGUCGCUGGGUGCUGGACGAGGGGCGGCGGACGGGCGCGCUACUUUCUGACCCUCCCGCCGGCGUCCAGGGCGCGCCAAUUAAAGAUGGAGGCUAUUUUCGGGAUUGGGAUGAUUUCAAGGUAGUCGAGGUUCGCUGCGCCGGAAAGCAAAAUGGCGCCCUGCAUCACGCCGGUCUCGUGCGACUCUGCAACGACAAGGACCUGAAGGACCUGGAUACGUAUCGCGAUUUCAAGGAAUUGGAUGAGCGAAUCCGAAGCGGUGGCCUGCCAGAGCUUGACCAGGAAGCGGCCGCCUCGAGAAAGCGCCCCGCCAAGCAGCCCCAAAUCUCUAGGGCAAAACUGGCGCGCGAAGGCGUGAAACAAGACGCGAAGGCCGAAAAAAUUGACGACGGCCUUGAGGGGCAAUUCGUCUGCGUGAUCCCGGGGCGCAGCGAUAAGAAGCUGGCCGAGCUCGUCGAGAUUCUGAAGGGCUUCGGGGCUACGGUGCAGGCUUUACCAGAUGAUCAAACUAAAUUCCUCGUCGCUGUCGACAGGAAUGUGCCGCAGACGAACAAGCGCGUCAAGGAAGCCCGCUGGACAAUCGUCGCCGAAGCGUGGCUACGGAGAUGCAAGGAAAGGGGCGAAAUCGUUGAGUGGACCCCAGAAGAGACGCUCUACGAUGUGGCUUCAACAACAAGCGAC